AUGGCUCUAAUUAAAGAAAAGAAUGGACCGAACCUUUGUGGAGGAGCUUUGAUCAAAGCAAACUGGGUGUUAACAGCUGCCCACUGCAAAACGGAAAGAAGCGAGGUUAUUCUUGGAGCUCAUUCGAUACAAGGAAGAGAGAGAGAAAAACAAGUUUUUCAGAUUACAAAACGAAUUCCCCACCCGUGCUACUGUCCUAUUAAGCAAGAAAAUGAUAUAAUGCUCCUGCAGCUUAAAAAAAGAGCAAAAAUUACUAAAGCUGUGAAACUCAUUCCAUUGCCAGACUCAGAUGAUGAUCCCAAAGAAGGAACAAUUUGUACAGUGGCAGGAUGGGGGAAAACUCGUAAUAAUGAUAAAGAGUCCUCUAGUACACUCAGGGAAGUCAACGUCACUGUCAUCAGCAGAAGAAUAUGCAAUGACUGGAAGCAUUAUAAAGGCAAACCUGUCAUAACAGAGAAUAUGAUAUGUGCUGGGGAUAGGAAAGGAGGAAAGGACUCAUGUUCUGGGGAUUCAGGUGGACCUUUGAUAUGCAAUGGUGUGAUGAGAGGCAUCACUUCUUUUGGGAAGGCCAAACACUGUGGUGCUGUUGACGGCCCUGGUGUCUAUGCUCGACUCACAAAGCAAUACCUUCAAUGGAUAAGAAAUACCAUAGGGGGAGAUUUACAGACUGGAUUUUGA